AUGUCACUCGAGUUCAAGUUCGAGGAUCUUCUUGACCCGAUAAGAUCUGACGAAGACGAGAUGAUUGCGGUAUUUGCAGUUGUAGAAGAGGAGCUUGAGUUCUGGACGUUGAGCCGUUGCAUCUUGAGCUCCAACUCCCUUGUCUUUUCCGUGAUGGAAGAGAACUUUUCGAGGAAAUUGGACGACCCGAGGCCCGUAUUGUUAAAAUUGGAAACGUUGACUCCGUUGAGAGAAGCCGAUCCAAACAGGUUGUUUGCGAACCGAGACUUCUGUUGA